GGACAACUGCUGAGGGUCAAGGAAGGGACACGAUUUGGCGUUUUAGUUUUUUGGCUCUUUUUAUUUUCUAGUCUUGGAAACAAGAACGUCGGUUUUGUUAGUUGGUGAGUAUGCGUGGGAAGAGAGCGUAGCAAACAAACCUUCGAACGGAGUGGCUUGCAUUUCGCUUCUCUCUCCCUCUUCUCUCUCUCUCUUUGUGGACAGGUUGUCCUGGACACAUUGACCGUCCUCAAAAUUUCAGAGAUAUAUUCGGGAUCAUAGAUAAACCUUCUCUUUCAGGCUCCCUAAAUUCUUGUCCAGACAGAUUAAUCGCGUGUGGCAAAAUGACGGGACCUCUUGAUCUCGCUGCUAAACCAGUUCUUGAAAAGCUUGACUUGGAGAACUCUGAGGAUGAGAGGAAGACCAGGCUCGGAUCUCUUAAGAAGAAGGCAAUUAAUGCUUCAACCAAGUUUAGGCAUUCUUGGACCAAGCGAGGUCGAAGAAGCAGUAAAGUCAUGUCUGUCUCAUUUGACGAUGACUUUGACUCAGAAGAACUCCAGGCAGUUGAUGCAUUUCGCCAAGCUCUCAUUCUUGAUGAAUUAUUACCAUCUAGACAUGAUGACCCUCAUAUGAUGCUCAGAUUUUUGAGGGCCAGAAAGUUCGAUAUAGAGAAGACAAAGCAAAUGUGGGCUGACAUGUUACAAUGGAGAAAGGAGUUUGGUGCUGACACUAUCAUGGAGGACUUCGAUUUCAAGGAAAUUGAUGAUGUCCUAGAGUAUUAUCCACAAGGACACCAUGGUGUGGACAAGGAGGGAAGACCUAUAUACAUUGAGAGGCUGGGUAAAGUUGACCCCAAUAAACUGAUGCAAGUGACGACAAUGGAUCGCUAUGUUAAGUACCACGUGCGGGAGUUCGAGAGGACGUUUGCUGUUAAGUUCCCAGCUUGUUCUAUCGCUGCCAAAAAGCACAUAGAUCAGAGCACGACCAUAUUGGAUGUCCAAGGAGUGGGGCUCAAAAAUUUCAAUAAAGCUGCAAGGGAUCUUGUCGCGUGCCUUCAAAAAAUAGAUGGGGAUAACUAUCCUGAGACUCUAAACCGUAUGUUCAUCAUUAAUGCGGGCUCCGGCUUCAGGCUUUUGUGGAACACGGUUAAAUCCUUCCUUGACCCAAAGACUACAGCAAAAAUCCAUGUUCUGGGGAACAAAUACCAGAGCAAGUUGCUUGAAAUAAUUGACGCAAGUGAGCUGCCAGAGUUCCUUGGUGGUUCAUGCACUUGUGCCGACAAAGGUGGUUGCAUGCGUUCUGAUAAGGGCCCCUGGAACAAUCCUGACACGUUGAAGAUGGUUCACAAUGGUGAAUCGAAAUGUGAGAGAAAAUUGUCAGACAUCGACGAAAAGACAAUCUCUCAAGAAAAGGAGUGCGUUUCUUCCAACUUAACAGCAGUUCCCGAUGUGAGUAAUUUAGAACCUCCAUGUGUGACAAAAGAUAAGAUUUUCCUCGCAAAAAAGUGUGACACUGAUAAUGCUUAUGAUCACUUUGUAACUAUAAUUGACAAGGCAGUUGACAACGAUUGGAUUAAGACAUUACCAACUUCCAAAUCUGGACUGAAAAAAGGUUGUUUUGUCCCGCCUGAUCAUUGCAAACCUCAUGAUGCUAUAAGCAGCCACAUCUUAAAUGGCGUCUUGGCCUUCAUCAUGGGUAUUUUCACUGUGGUCCGCAUGACCCGUGACAUACCAAGAAAGCUUACAGACGGAAACCUCUACUCUACUCCCACUUACUAUGUUGACACAGUGAAAAAGGGCCAUCAGUUGCCAGAGCCUUCUAUUUCCCGCGAUGAUUACCUGAACAUGAUGAAGCGCAUGGCUGAAUUAGAAGAGAAAGUGAUUGUUCUCGGCACAAAACAAGCAUCCAUGCCACCUGAGAAGGAGGAAAUGCUUAUUGCUGCAGUCAGUCGCGUUGAAGCUCUAGAACAGGAGCUAUCUUCAACCAAGAAGGCACUGGAGGAAUCCAUUGCCCGACAAGAAGAGCUCUUGGCCUUCAUCGAGAAAAAGAAGAAGAAAAAGAAGCUGAACCCCUUCCGUUGGUAAAGGCGUGGAUUUCAGAAAUCCAAGCUCCCAUAGUCCUUUUUGUACUGAAAUUAACUCUCGUCUGACCUCAUUUUGUUUCAUAUGUGUUCCCAAUUCCUGAAAAACACAAGCUUUUCAUUUGUUCACGUUUGUGUCGCCACUAAGGCCGUGUGCCCUGGUUUUGGCGUUUUGAACCUUUAUAAUAUAGAUUGUCUGUGAUUGCCAGCUGCGAAAGGAGAAAAUAAUUUUCUCAACCA